AUGAUAGCCAUGGAUAAAGACGACAAUCGCUUUAGGAUACCUUUAUACCAGCUAGUGCUGUCCCAAGAUAUCAUCACCGACGACGUUCUCAACCACGAAUGGGAGGGAAAUGGCACGGUGGAAGAUCCUUACUUGGUCGAUUGGCUUCACGAAGAUGCUCGCGAUCCCCACCAAAUGCAAGAUUGGCUCAAAUGGUCAAUCACACUUCUACAAGCGGCUUCAUUUUUGUCCAUUACUUUUGCUUCGUCUGCUCUUUCAGCAGCCAACCCCCAGAUCCAGGAACGCUUCGGCACCAGUACUGAGCUAGUUGUUGCCGACACCUCACUUUUUGUUCUCGCUUUUGCCAUCGGGCCAGCUAUCUGGGCUCCGCUUUCUGAGUUCUGGGGUCGUCAGGUCAUCUACUUCAUCACGUACGGGUUGACUACACUAUUUGCUGGGGCAACGAUUGCAAGUCCGAAUAUUGCGACAUUGCUAGUCCUACGAUUCCUCGCAGGCGCAUUUGGUUCGUCGGCAAUCUCAAAUGCUGGUGGUGUGGUUUCAGACAUGUAUACGGCCCGGGAUAGAGGGCUGGCUACCAUCGCUUUUAUUGGGGCCCCCUUCUUAGGUCCUAGUCUUGGUCCAAUCACUUGCGAUUUUCUGGCCGUGUCAAAAGGUUGGGAGUGGGUUCAAGGUCUUACAACUAUCUUCAACGGAGUGGUGUUCCUGGCUGGGGUCGCUUUUAUCCCCGAGACAUACACCCCAGUCCUAUUGCAGAAGCGUGCUGCCAAGCUCAGUAAAUUGACUGGAGCAGUCUACAAGAGUCGUCUGGAUGUUGGCAAUGCAAAUCGGACUGCUGGUCAGGUCUUCACCAAGACCAUGGUUCGACCCUGGAUAUUGCUGUUCAUGGAGCCGAUUGUGCUGCUUUUGUCGAUCUACAUGGCUAUCAUUUACGGAACGAUGUAUAUGGAGUUUGCUGCCUUCCCGAUUGUCUUUGAAGAAAAUCUCAAAUGGCCCCAGAGCACCUCCGGCCUGUCCUUCCUUGGGAUGAUGAUCGGACAAAUUCUCGGAUGCGCAUAUUCAGUCCUCGACAACGGCCGAUAUAAGAAAAUCGCCGAUCGUACAGCCUACGCUCGUCCGCCUCCCGAAGCUCGGCUUAUUCCGGCGAUGGUCGGAGCAGUUACCCUUCCUGUGGGAUUAUUUUGGUUCGCCUGGACCAACUUCCCACACAUCCAUUGGAUUGUCUGCGAGAUUGGAACAAUACUUUUUGGGUUCUCUCAUGUGUCUAUCUUCUUAAGUGUGGUGAACUACCUGGUCGAUGGGUAUACUAUUUACGCAGCAUCGGCGUUAGCGGGUAAUGCUGUUAUCCGGGCCCUUUUCGGCGCAGCAUUUCCACUCUUUACAACACCGAUGUACCAGAAACUUGGUAUUCACUGGGCCUCCUCAAUCUCGGCUUUCCUCGCUGUAGCUUGUCUACCGUUCCCGUGGAUUUUCUACAAAUACGGACCAGCGAUUAGACACCACUGUCAGUAUGCUGCGGAGUCUGCCCGACAAUUGGAUGAAAUGACCGACCGGAUGCGUGCACAAACUGAGCAGAGAGCAGCCAAGCAGAAUACCUAG